AUGUUUCUCUUUGCCAAACCCGAGUUCGGUGAGUUUUUCGAUUUGAAGCGCGCAAAUAAGGCUUGUCAGGAAGCUGACCAGGCAUACUCCAAACAGAUGUCAAAAGCUUUGAGCCAUCCACUUGAAUUAUGGUCAAGAACAUUAGAUUCUUCUCUUUUGCCCAAAAUGGCCGAAAUUUAUAAAUGCUCACAGCAAAUUACAGCUACCAUUGCAGAAAAUGUUAAAUCUACUGAAUCUGUCUAUGGCAAUCUUCAAGAUUUGACAGGACUUCGUGCGGAAUUUCAACCAACGAAAGUUGCAAACCAAAAGAUUCUAAAGCAUGCUAAAGAAGCAGCUGCAAAAGUUGCUAAAACUGAAAAGGCAUUAAAUGAUUUGCAAAAAUCUAACGCAUCUGCUGCUCAAAUCGCUCGCGCUGAAGCUGAGCAUCAGUCUGCCGUUGAAGCUGAAAGAUCAGCAAGCUCAAUUGCUCAAAGUUCCCAAAAUGAAUUCAUUCAAAAAUACAAAGACUACCAGCAGCGCUUUGUUUCUAUCUUGGCUGCUUCCUAUUGCGAAGCAUCUACAUUAAGAGCUAAAACUGCUUCAUCACUUGCAGAAAUUGGUGUCAAACUUGAAGGAAUCGCUAAUAGAAUGAAAACAGAACCAGAUGAUGCCGCAUUUGACGCACAGAUUUUAUCUGAAAUGCAAAAACUAGAACCAUUAUUCAAUGCAGACGCUGCACAAGAAGAUGCUGCCGCUCCAGAGCAGUAA